AUUUGGUAUCAUUGCAGUAAUAGAAUAUUGUUGGAAUGUUUAUCCCGCUACAAGUGAGAGUUCUACAUUACUUUUCGUUUGCCAUCUGAUGGUAUUGAUGGGAUUGUGGAGUGGUGAUUCAGAAGGAAAGCGAAUAACAUCUAAAAAUUAA